AGUUAACUGCGCUAUAUGUACACUGUUCUUGGCCUUGAAGAUACAUACAUGUAGUAGAGUGUGCUUAUUCAAAUUUACUUAAACAGUCGUGUGGGGAAUACAAUUAUUACGAAAUUGAAAAUUUACGGAUUUUAAUUCAGUAUUCUAGCCUAAGCGAUUGUUAAAAUGAAAGUUCUUUCGUUUCUAGGAUGGAUACAGUAGAUGAUGAUAAAAAUUGUGUUUUAAGAUUUAAUGUAAAUGAUACAGCCAUAACGAGUAAUUUAACGUUGAGAUAUUGUUAAAGACAGUCUUUUAAAAGCGGAAGCAAAGAAACCCCGAUCGGUAGUUUAACAAAUAAAGAUAAGAGCAAAUGAAAAAGGAGUCAUCAAGUUGCAGUGAUAAGAAGAUGGACAACUACUUGCCAUAUUCCUGUAUAAUGAUUGAUGCUGAUACCAAGGUGUUUGCAUCGGCUGUGCAUAAAUGUCUGUCAUGGGGAACAGACAGAGCAAAGGUUAAUGAUGACCUACAGAAAAUGUGGACAACCUCAAAUAACAGCAACAAAGUUCUUCCUUGUCUCUCUGUCAGAUCUGGCCUUGACCUUUAUCUCAAGGUCAUGAACUUUCCCCCAGGGUCAGAAGUCAUCAUGUCUGCCAUUAAUAUUCCAGAUAUGACAAAAGUGGUGAAACACCACAACUUGAAGAUAGUACCAUGGGAUAUAAGCAUUGAAACCACCGGACCUAAGAUUGAACUGUUACCUAGUCUUGUGUCUUCUCGGACAGUGGCCAUCAUUGUGGCCCAUAUUUACGGGAAAUGGUGCGACAUGGACCCAAUCAUAGAAAUUGCCGAACGGCACAAUAUCCCUGUCAUAGAAGAUUGCGCCGAAACUUUCUGCGGUUUUGAGAGGAUCGGAAAUCCGAGAUCCGAUUUGGUGCUGUUCAGUUUUGGAGUGAUUAAAUUUUGCACGGCAAUGGGAGGGGCAAUAGCCAAGAUUAAAGACGCAGACAUUUACACGAAAAUGUACAGACUUCAUGAGUCCUAUACAGUUCAAAGUCAGCGGGAAUAUUUGAAGAAGGUUCUGAAAUACUAUUUUGUCUAUUUCAUUCUUUUGCCGUACCCCACGCAUUUCAUAGUGUAUGUAGCGAAAACUUUAGGGAUCGAUCACAAAGCUGUUGUUGUCAGCAAAUUGAGAGGAUUUCCCGACCAGAUGGUCCACAGGAUUAAGCAGAGGCCCUGCUCAGCCCUUCUACAAGUUCUGAGUGAGCGCUUGGCGGGUUUUAGUCAAAAAGAGUACGAAAUGGGGCAAGUAAAAGGGGAAUACGUGCGAAUGAGGCUCCCGGAGGAUGUUCAGCUUGUCGGCAUGAAGGCAAUGGUCAAUAACUACUGGCUGUUUCCUAUUCUUGUGGACGAUCCGGACACUGUUCUUAACUCUUUGAAUGCCCUCGGAGUGGAUGCAUACAGAGGGGCCACACAGCUCAACAUCAUCGAGCCCGAGUCCGACCCCAUGGGCGUCCCUGUCUCACAGCUGGACCCUAGAUACCCGUCAGAGGCUCGCUACCUCAUAGACCAUGUGGUCUACCUACCCGUGAACAAGAAAGUGCCCUUCCACGCCCUCAACCAAAUCUGCAAGGCUGUCAAGCAGGCCAUUGCUAUGAGCAAAGACGCGCCAAAAGUCCGUCUCCAAUCAAAAUUGUGAUUUUUGUACUCUUUUAUUUUUUCUAUCUUCUGGUUAUAUGAGAGGAUGUGCAAUGAGCAAUCAUUGGUUUUAUCAAAAUGAACAAAAGGUGCAUCCACCGUAUGUCUGCAAUAUUUCUAAUAUUGUUCCCUCAUUGUUUUUAACCUUUGACAUACUGAUAAUCUAUAAUUGCUUUUAGCAAUAGAUGCACAGAUAGUUAGUCUGCAAUUUAAAUGUGUCAUUUGUUUGUCUUGUUUGUGUCUACCAAAACAUGCAAGGUUGCAACCACAUUCCAUCCGCAAGCUAAAUUGUGAUUUGUCCAACAUUUCGCAGAAAUAAAUAUGCAAGGCUUCCUAAAAUGCCUCAGUGUUACUAAAAUAAUUCCAUAUGCAAACAAAUUUGUGAAAGUAUUUUCCUAUCCUGCUCAAGUGUAUUUGCAAUGCUGUAAAAUAAGCUAACAGUAAUUAUUGCAAAAUGCACCAAGAAUCUGUCUGCAAUCAAAAUUGUGAUUUGACUUUAAUGCUCAGAAAAUUGCAACCCCUGUGUUACUAUUUUAUGCAUGCCAUUUGAUGACAAAAGCUGUUUCCUUUAUAACAUGAGUGAUAGCAUUUUGGAAAGUGUAAGAUAAAUGUGAUUGUUAUGAGUGAUAGCAUUUUGGAAAGUGUAAGAUUAAUGUGAUUGUUAUGUGAGAUAGCAUUUUGGAAAGUGUAAGAUAAAUGUGAUUGUUAUGAGUGAUAGCAUUUUGGAAAGUGUAGGAUAAAUGUGAUUGUUAUGAGAGAUAGCAUUUUGGAAAGUGUAAGAUAAAUGUGAUUGUUAUGAGUGAAAGCAUUUUGGAAAGUGUAAGAUAAAUGUGAUUGUUAUGAGUGAUAGCAUUUUGGAAAGUGUAAGAUAAAUGUGAUUGUUAUGAGUGAAAGCAUUUUGGAAAGUGUAAGAUAAAUGUGAUUGUUAUGAGCGUACAUGUUUUUGUCAAAACAAUUUUGUACGAAAAAGUCGAAAAUCUAUUUUAAUAGACCUUUCAAGUUUGGAAACCAAAGUACAACAAUUUAAUGGGCAUGUUUUAAGAUAUACAUUUUUGUUAAUAAAUAAAGUUUUGACAUGAAAGGGGUGAUAAUUAAUAUAGUAAGUAUAUUGUACUGAGAAUUAUAAGGUCAUGAAUACUAUCACUUAAACAUUGUUUGACACAUUUCCUAUUAAUUUAGUAUUAUUUAUGCAAUCAAUUUGUUAUACAAUUAAUUAGUAUGCAAUUAAUAAGUAUAAAAUCAAUAAGUAUACAAUCAAUAUGUGUGCAAUCAAGAAGUAUACAAUCAUUAAGCCAGAAAUCAAUUAGUAUGCAAUGAAUAAGUAUGCAAUCAAUUUGUAUGCAAUCAAUUUGUAUGCAAUCAAUAAGGUGAUGCUAUUAGGAUAUCAUGAGCUAUACAAAAAAAAGCCAAUAUUCCAUGGUAUACUUGAAAGAGGCUUUGAUCUCAAAGUCAUAAGUGUAUAAUUAUUUUAUUUUUGAAAAAUAUCUAAAAAAAAUCUCUUGUCAAAAUAAUUAUUUUAAAUGAAUCUCAUCAUAAGAUUUUCAAUAAUUGUGUUUUACAUUAGCAUUUAGCUUACACAUUUAGUUGACCAUAAGCGUAACUCUCAUCUUUGCAAAAACAUAUGGGUUGUGCUCUGUGAAAAGGGGUCUUAAUGCAUGUGCGUAAAGUGUUGUCACAAAUUAGCCUGUGCAGUACACUUAGGAUUAUUAGGGAUGAAACUUUCCCUUUUAUGAUAUUUUUCAUUUAAAGAAAGUCUCUUAGCAAACAUCAAGGGUAGAUGGAAAGUGAUAUCCCUGAUUAGCCAAUCUGGGACGAUACUUUAUGCACAUGCGUAACCCCCUCAUAUGUAUAUUUUUUAUGAAUAUAUGAGUUUAAUCAAAUGCGGCAAAUACAUUUAGAUAAAGUAUUUAUAUCCGACUUAAUUGCUGUCAUUUUGUCAUUUACUUGGUGAAGCACAUGCACAAAUAUUUGAUAUAAUUAAAGCAUGUAAGUUAUGCUAAUUAAGUUUUUGAGUAUCAAGUUGAUUAUUGAUUUUUUAUAAGCGUUAUAUGUGUUGACUUUUUUUGUCAUUUAUCAACAGUUCCAAUAACAAAAAUUUAAUUCAAGGUACAAUAAGAUGAAUUUAAAUACCCAUUUAAAGAAGAAUAUUUUAAUUAUUAACUAUGCAAUGUAAAAUUUUAUUCUACCUUUUUUAUUUGACAGCAAAUUUUUAGAUUUGUUUUCACUUUACUUCAAAUCCAGACCUACAGAUUAUGUAAUUGCUGUCUUAAUUGAACAAAAUGAUUCAUGUUAUAUGUAAAUUAUUUAUUAUUAUUAUUAUGAAUUUAUAUUUUUUAUUAUACAUAAAAAAUAUUCAGAAAGUUGUCAUUAUGUACACCCAUUGUCUUAUCCUUACCCACUGGUAAUUAUAUUCCUCUAUUUAUUGCACUAUGUGUUUAAUUUUCAUUGUCAGAAGUAAAUCAUUUAAUUCUGCAACUGAUAGGUGUUGUGGAAAAAACGGGCUUAAUACUCAUUUUAUAGGCUGUAUCGGUCCUUACGAUCUUGGUCAGUUUGCUGCAUAAAGUGAUUAUAGAAGGCAAACUAUAAAUUUGUAAGCGUAUGAUAUAUGUUUUGUUUUGCCCUUUUUUAACACCCUGGUUUAGAAUGUAAAAGUUAUGAUUAAGAGCAAUUAUUGAAUACAAAUACCUUUAAUCAGGUAAUUUUAGGUGGCCACUGGUUUUUACGUUUGGUGAUAAUAUGAAAAUCUGAUGAUUUGGAUAAUAGGUGAAAAGAAUACAUGCUCCAUUUAUUGAUUGUGAUUUACAUGCAUUAAAUAAUAAAACCAAAACAUAGGGAAAAUUAGCCCAGGGUUAAUCCGUAUUUAGGGAAAUCAGAAAUCCUAAUAAAUGAACCCAGAUUUGUAGUUAGCAAACACGCAGCGAAAGUCUUUGUGCGAUGCAUAAAAUCAGGUAUUCUUACACUCCAAAUGUAUGUAUGCUAUUAACAUUGUUUUGGAUUUUGUCUUCAUUGAUCUGUGAAAUUAAUCUCAUACAUUCCAAUAUGAUUUGACCCAUAUCUUAAAAGUGCCUUUGUUUAAGCUAUACAAGUUUACAUGAAUCUGCUGAUAUCAUAUAAAUGAAUAUAGCUGUGAAAUGUUUGUAUUAAGUUACCAAUCGUUUACGUUCAGUAAACAUGGAUCAAAUGUAGGAAGUUUUUUUAAAUCCAAAUAUAAUGUUGACUCACUUAAUGUUGUUAUUUCAUUAAAUCUGGCUAUUUUGCUUGAUAAGUUUAUACAUGCAAGACUUCGAACUUGAACCAUCCUGUCAGAUUCAAACUUAAAUGAAUACAAUGAAUACAUGUAGACCAAAAGAUUUAUGUUUCUCAGAGUUUAUUAUUUAUAAAUGUUUUGUAAUUGAAAUUUUUACAUGUUUAGAAUAAAUUAUUGAAUAUUU